AUGGCGGGCCAGCAGUGGCCCUUACCGGAGCCCCACAAAAGGUGGCUGUUAAAGUCGGACCUGAGGAAGAAGGCGCUCAUAGAGUCGGGGCUGAUCAAGCGGUGGCUGUCAGGGCCGAAGCUGGACAAGAAGCCGGAGCUCAACAAGAAGUGGCUGCUAGGGCCGGGGCCGCUGGAGCCCUUGCCCCUGGGCAUGAAAUGUAAGCCCUGGUUCAAGGACAGGGACAAGUUGCCUUCCUGCUAUUUCUCCAGGCAGAACAACAAGCUUGGGAAGUGCCCCACCUCCAUGGACAGCCGGCGGUGGGUAUUUGUGAAGGAGGGAGUGGAUGACUUCAGAACGGGCUGUCCAUCUACUGAAGAUGUGAUCAUUCGUGGCCCUCGGGAGGGCUUUCUCCCCAUGAUUGCUCAUAGAAUUCCUCGCCCUCCGCCCAAAAAAUUUCACAGGCAGCCGCCCAAGGGAGCAGACCUGUGUUCCAAGCUCUCACUAGCCCAGCAAGCACGGAAGGCCUUUGUAGAGAACAUUGAAGCCAGCCUGACCCAGCAUCCCUUGGCAAACUGCCCGAAUCUGGAGGAAGAUCUCCCUCCAGACCUCCUCCUCAAGGUGCUGGAAGUGCUAGAUCCUGACAGGGAGCUGGAGGACACGUGGGCUUAUUGUGAGGGCGCCAAGGAAAGAAAGAAGGCCCCCACACACCCAUGUGAAGAACAUCCUGAGGAGGUCAACCUGCAACCUCCUGGGGCACUGAACCUGGAGCCUCCCCAGGCAGCGAACCUGGAACCUCCUGGGGCACUGAACCUGGAGCCUCCCCAGGCAGUGAACCUGGAACCUCCUGGGGCACUGAACCUGGAGCCUCCCCAGGCAGCGAACCUGGAACCUCCUGGGGCACUGAACCUGGAGCCUCCCCAGGCAGCGAACCUGGAACCUCCUGGGGCACUGAACCUGGAGCCUCCCCAGGCAGUGAACCUGGAACCUCCUGGGGCACUGAACCUGGAGCCUCCCCAGGCAGCGAACCUGGAACCUCCUGGGGCACUGAACCUGGAGCCUCCCCAGGCAGUGAACCUGGAACCUCCUGGGGCACUGAACCUGGAGCCUCCCCAGGCAGCGAACCUGGAACCUCCUGGGGCACUGAACCUGGAGCCUCCCCAGGCAGCGAACCUGGAACCUCCUGGGGCACUGAACCUGGAGCCUCCCCAGGCAGCGAACCUGGAACCUCCUGGGGCACUGAACCUGGAGCCUCCCCAGGCAGUCAACCUGGAAUCACCCUGGAAGUUGAAACUGGAGCCUCCCGAGGAGGAACCUGAAGAACAAGCCCACGUGGAAACGGCCAAGGAGAGUCUCCUGUCAUAUUUAUUCAGUCUGUUUCCAAAGGAAGACACAAAUGCAGCAAGCACAACAGAUAUCCCCAAAGAUCCUGUUUUCCAAAAAGCAAGAAGAACAAUUCGUGAAUUCUGCAGAUGGAUCGAUGAUAAAUUUGGAGACAUAGGCAUUGAUGAAGAGUCCAUCAUGAAAAAGUUUGAAAUUGACUUUGAGGGCCCACUCACCCAUAAUACAGUCAAAAUAAAGAAAAUAAACCAGCUUCCUUCAAAUAUAAGGCCCUGCAAACAGCUAGAUGAAAUAAAGCAGAGAAAAUUCUCCCUGCAGGAAGAUGACUGGGAAAGGAAACUCCGCAAACAACAAGACCCUUAUAAACCCAAACGGGAGAAGAUAAGGUAUGGAGCAUGGUACCUGGACCCCAAAUGCUGGAAAAAGCUGGUCAAUGACCAGCCUUUUCCUAACCCUAAAGCCGUCCAUGACAGGGAAUAUUGGACCUAUCGAAGGCAUCUUGAACCAGACGUUAUUGAUGAACUUUAUGGACCAAUUGCCUUCAAAGAUUUCAUUGUAAGCAAGGGCUACAAGAUGCCAAGUGUGAUUGAGAAGAUGUUUUUAAGGAAGGGAUGGAAAUAUGAGUCUGUAAAGACUCCUAUACACCGUGUAAUGAAACUCCUCUCCAAACCCAAAGAGGAUGACUCAGGGGACGAAGAGAAUUAG